AUGACGGAUGCCGAUCUCUUCCUCGGACGAGUUAUUUCAGAUGGAGGCCGGGUUACUCUUGCGCUGUCUUCUCGAGAGAUUUGGGUGAUCGAAAAGAAGCUCUGUGAACGAUCUCAGCCGACGACGCAGCAGGACAUCGCCGAUAACCUUGGAGUUCCGUUUGCAGCUGCUAAGUUUCUCUGUCAUCGCCAGGGAAAUCCCAGAAAUAAGGCCUUUAUGCGCAUUUAUCUUCAAAUUCCUAUCCAUGGCACCCAAUACCAGAGCUCCCAGAUUCGACGAAAGCAGGCUGCUAAGCCACAGGCCCACGCUGAAUUAACAACCUUAAAAAUAUUCAAGAAGAUGGGAUGCGAUGUUGUCCCUGAUCUUCUCGCUUACCAGGAGAGGAAGCAAGGCGAGGACAGUAUCGUUCCAGGAGGAUACAUCACUUAUGUGGUCUGGGAUAAAGUCCCCGGGGAGCCUCUAAGCGCAGACGAAUUCUGGGAGCUAGAUCUGGAAUCAUGCAAAGCAAUCCGAGACAAAUUUCCUGAAUUUUUUUCUAUUAGGAAGCUGAAGAAGUAUGGGUACCUACCGCGCAUGCCAACCAAAUCGAAGAUUAUAUUUGAUAAGGCAACUAGGGAUAUGCAUUUCUCGGGAUUUUCGCGCGCAGGCCAUACUGAUACAAACGAGGAGUGGCAUGAUAAGUACUGGGUUUUAUUUGAUUUGGCUGAGCCACCUCCGGAAACGGACUGA